AUGAUCAAAGCCAUUCUAGUAAUAAAUAAUCAUGGGAAACCAAGAUUAUUGAAAUUUUACCAACAUUAUACUGAAGAAAUGCAACAGCAAAUAGUGCGAGAAACUUUUCAACUAGUCUCUAAACGUGAUGAUAAUGUAUGUAACUUUUUGGAAGGUGGAACUUUGAUUGAUGGAAACGAUUAUCGAUUAAUAUAUAGACAUUAUGCAACAUUAUAUUUUAUUUUCUGUGUUGAUUCUUCCGAAAGCGAAUUAGGAAUCCUCGAUCUCAUUCAAGUUUUUGUUGAAACUCUUGAUCGUUGUUUCGAGAAUGUUUGUGAACUUGACUUAAUUUUCCACGUCGAUAAAGUUCAUCACAUUUUGGGAGAAAUUGUAAUGGGUGGAAUGGUUCUUGAGACGAAUAUGAACGAAAUAUUACAACGAAUCCAAGAGCAGGAUAAAAUUCAAAAACAAGAAGCAGGAAUUACGGCAGCUCCUGCGAGAGCUGUUUCAGCUGUCAAAAACAUGAACAUCUCACAACAACUCAAAGAUAUCAAACUGCCAGAUUUACCUUCACUAACAAACUUGAAAAAUGCAUUUUAG